AUGAAUCUCCAGUUCAUGAAUCCUGAUGUGUUUCAGCCGGAAUGGGGAUCUGAAGGAAGCAUCCAUCUCACCUUCUUCAAGUGCCUCACAUGGCAGGUGGAACAAACGCUCAACCCUUCCUCCUGCCCUUACCAUUACUUCUGUGACAGCAAGUACCCUGGGAAUUACCCGGUCUACGUCGAUAUCCUCGUCUUCCUGCUCGCAACAGCUUCCUUCCUGGUGACCCUAAUCGUCCUGACGAUGGAGGUGCUGUCAGGAAGCAGCAGCAACGAGGUAUGUCGAUCCAGGAGAUACUUGCUGCCGUCUGGUCCAAUCCUCCUUCCCGCCAUCCUCCUGGCGCUCGGCAAAGGCUACAGAAUCCACACAAUACUCCCCGUUUCGAGCAUUGGCCCCGCGAUCCUCCUCCUGCUCCAGGUUUCCUCCCUCACAUUCGACACCGGAAUCGACAGGGAUGCAAGGUACGCCUUCUUUGAAGCCUCUACGGUGUCUGGAAUUCUGCAUGCGAGCCUGUACUUGGAUUCCGUCAUCAUGCCUUACUAUACCGGGUUCGAUGCCCUGGUGGCCUCCAAAUUCUCGGGUGAGUGUCGCUCCUGCAUUUGUCGAGAGGAACCUCUGGUCGUCGGGGGAAGGCUUGUCGGCUACCAGGGUUGGUCGCCGACGACGUUCCUGGUCGCUGGAGCUCUGUGUUGCAGGAUCGUAUGCAGGGUGAAAGCCAUGAGCAGCAAGAGCAAGACCAUGGCGGUGAAGUCUUGGCUUGAAUGGUUGAGUUGGGUUAUGAUAACGAGGGAUUGCGUUGUGCUAGCGGUUAACAGUCCACCUGCUGCAAGUUCGAUUUCACCGGCUGUGGGAAUCGGAGGUGUAGUUCUGUUGGUGUGUCUUCAUGUGGUGAAGAAGACUGCUGCGCUAAUUAGGACGGGGCAUCAUUUCAUUCAUACAACCACAAUUUCUUUGACUUCUGUGUAA